AGUUCUCCGACUUGCCGCUUCAGAGAGGUAGCGCUGGAUGCGUCUUCCCUUGCUGUUUAACGUGUGUCAACUAAAUUCAUUCGACAUAUUAUUACAAAAAGCUAGUUCGAGAGUGCCUGGUGUGAAGAUUUCGGUCCGAGCAUCAUGGCUUCCUCCCUAGAAAGUGAGGACAAGAGGUGGCUCUUCACGAAAGAGCAUAUUCUGGAAUGCACGCCUUCCAGAAUUGCGGGAGUUCCUUACGAAAAGGAAUUAUCCUACCGGCAGCAAGCUGCCAAUUUCAUCCAGGACAUGGGUCAGCGCCUGAAAGUUACCCAGCUGUGCAUAAACACAGCCAUCACGUUUAUGCACCGUUUUUACAUGCACCACUCGUUCGUCAACUUCCCUCGGAACGGGUUGUGCUCCGCCUCCCUUUUCCUCGCCGCAAAAGUCGAGGAACAGCCACGUAAGAUGGAAUAUGUGAUCCAAGUGGCUGUUUACUGUCUGCUGAGAUCCGAGGUGAAAAUUGAUCUCAAGCAGGAGUCCUAUAACAAGGUGUUCGGACUUAUGGUGUACUAUGAAAGCACCUUGCUGCAGACUCUGGGAUUUGUUGUGGCUGUCGACCAUCCACACACAUACGUGGUGAAGCUGUGCCACCUCGUUCGAGCCAACAAGGAGUUGGCCCAGACUUCAUACUUCAUGGCGUCAAACAGCCUCCACCUGACGACGAUGUGUCUCCAGCAUCCGCCAUCAGUGGUUGCUUGUCUUUGUAUUCACUUGGCCUCCAAAUGGUCCAACUGGGAGAUACCAGUGUCUCACGAGGGCAACCCCUGGCACCACUACGUUGACCCCAAUGUCACUCCGGAGUUGAUGGAGAGUCUAACUACAGAGUUCCUCCACAUCAUUGACAAGUGCCCGUCCAGGCUCAAAAGGAUGAGCAAGGACAAGACGGAGGACAAUCUGAUGUUCGGUUCCCUUGAGGACUACGAAAAGAAGUCCGGAGACAACAGCUCGACUAGUGCCAGGCCCGAUGCCAAGUUCGACGACCAGCGGAGAGUGACCGACAAGCGCCCGCGAGAAGCUGCUGCUGGAAAGGAUCUGCAAGGGACCCGACCUUCUACUCCGAGCGGCGCUGUGACGUUGCCGUCUCACCACCACAACCAGCCUCGGAGGGAUGCGCCCGCUCAGAAGAGAGAUUUCGCUGGUGUGCCGAAGCCAGCAAGCGCCAUUCCCUCAGGCAGGCUAGAUGGCCAAAUGGCACGCAAUCGCGAUGAACUGUCGCAGUUGAUGCAGAGCCGGCCUCAUCACAACAUGAAACGGCCUCGCGAGGGCGUCAACGGCCCCAACGAUCCUAUGGUGCCGCAAGCCAAAAAGAGCAGGGAGGCAGUCCCACCCCCUCCAGAUUUUUCCAAACGCGGAGGUGUUGGUGAGUUCGACGCGUUGCGGAUGGGCAGCGUGAAGAAGCAGCCGGAGCCGCUGAUGAAGAUGCCGGCGCAACCCGCGCCUCAGCAGAAGCACUCGAUGCCCAAACCCACGAGCAGCCGAAAUCCUGAGCCAUCGCACCACGCUCACAAUCCUGACAAAGCCACGACGACGACGGUGGCGGCAGAGGCCAAGCGGUCGAGCGUGGAUUUCACUUUGAGCCACAUUUUCUCCCCCGAGGGUGGCAACCAAGAAGAAUCUUCCGUCCCGAACGAUGUCACUUUCAGCAUGGAGCCGCCUGCCGACGGCAGCCCUGAGGUUCCUGACCUCAUUGCGAUAAUCGCCGAUCAUUAUUCUUCGCCCGACACGCGAAAUAAAGAACUCGACCUAUCGUCGGUGGAAAUUCCUGAAGAGCGCCCUGAAAGCCAUAUUUUCGACUUGGCUCUCAGUGGUUGCUUACCCAAGAUCGUAGUCCCGUCCGUCCCACUCACGCCGGGCAAAGACACCUCGGCGCUGCCUGUGGAGAAGCUGCAAACUGAAAUGACGACCCUGCUGGGCGAGUCUUCAGCCAUUCCAUCUCCCAUUGCACCCGUCAAGGUAGAACACAAACCCAGCAUUUUCGACCCGAUUGACGAGCCUCCUUGUGCCACGCUUCCUGCGGAAGUCCUCGGCAGCACCGAGCGACACCACAAGAAGAGAAAGAAGGAGAAGCACGGCAAGAAAGACAAGGAGAGGAGUAAGGACGAAAGAAAACACAAACACAAGAAGAAGGACAAGUCGAAAGAGCGGCACAGAAGCGAGGAGUCGUCGGAGCCGUCGACGUCGGCGAUGCCAGCACCCCCGACCACGCCCCUCAAGAUGUCGAUUCCCAAGGACAAGCUCGAGUCUCCGUUGGGCAGCCUCAAAAUCAAAAUCCCGAAGGCCCGUGUGAAGGUGGAAGAGCCGAUCGCGGCGCCCGCGCAGCCGCCCACUGUGCUGCCCAUCAAAAUCAAAAUCGGCAAGGAACUGAUGACCGAGCGCAGUGUGUCCGGCUCGGACGUGAGGAAAUGCCAAGACGGCAACUCCCGAGGCCGCAGCCACAAGUCUAACGGGCACCAGGACGUGCGAAAGGCUGUGGACCAAUAAUCCAGCUUCGUGUCAACAGACUUCCCAUGUGCAACAUCGGACUCCUUCUUAUGAAGCUCGUUUAAAAAAAAUAUUAUUUUGCAAGACUUGCUAUCGCUGCAGAAAGUUUGUUUGCUAUUUUUUCUCUUCAACACGUGAAAAAGUUAUUUUUUUACUCCGCUAUGCAAGCUUUCGUGUGCAUCCUAGAAAAACAAUUGUGGGAUUCAGAAGUGUUCCAAGUUUCAGCUAGCCGGUGUUAACCGGCAUGCUUCAGCCGGAUUUUUCAAAUUUUUGCAAUUGCUCUGGAACCUGGAAACCCCUGUGUAUAUAUUAUCAUUUUCGCCUUUUACGUAAUUUGCCUGUUACAACCGUUUAAACCGGUUUUAACCGCUGUCGUGUAAUUUUCCGAAAAAAGCCGGCAUUGUGCGAACACUGGGGUUCAUUGAAUCUACCACCAGCAGCUUUCCUUCCGUGUGCGCGGAAUUAAUUUUAAAUAUUAUGUAUAAAUCACUCGCCAUCGCUUUUUCCAAGAGAACGCAAGACAAUCGUUCAAUGCGAAACUGUUUUUCUUCCAACUCUCUCAUUUCGUAUUUUAGGAUUUCUUUCGGCAAACACGCCAA